AUGUCUAUUUUAAACUCCGCAGACGACCACCUCUUCGCUAUCACUGCUGCUGUCCAGAUGAACUACGAUCAGGCUGGCGCUGCGGACCCCGGCAUGACCCACGAAAAGGCAUUCGAAACUGGAAAGAGUGUUGGACUUCUCAUUGCCGGAGCUAGUAUGGCUGGCCGCAACAUGAUGGCUGUCAACGAGCAUCUCAGAGCCCGUCAGAACGAGGGUGACAGCGUGAUGCAGCUGUGCCGCGACUACAAGCUUCGCUCGCCCAGCUUCGAUGCACCCAUGCUCGAGAUCAUCGACAGACUCCAGAAAUUGCUCGACAAGGACAGCGACUUCCUCAAUGCUCAGAACACACUUCACGGAAAGGAGUUCACGGAGGGCAGCGCCAAGUUGGUCGCCAUGAAGAAGAAGUAG